AGCCUCGGCAGCGCUCGACAGCAGCUACUGAAAGCUGCGUAGCCGCGUCAAUCGGCCACAGCUGAGCAAUGCGCCCACGUCGACGCCCCCUGGAUCUCUAGUGUGUUACAGGACGCUAGCUGCAAUUUUGGCCAUAUAAAAAAACGCGCUGCGCAAGCUUCUGGAGCGAGCUCAUCGUGUACUACACAUCUUCAGCACGCGCACGUAUCCCUUGGCUGGUCCGCUUGCGGUACGCAGGCAAAUCAAGCCCUGCACCCCAAUCACACCCAGCAGCAGCCUCGCCGCGCGCGGGCGGGCGCGAACGCCAGUCGCCGCGAAGGCGCAAAACGAGCAGAAAAAAAGCGCCAGCCCAGCAGCAAACAAUGUCCGGCUUCCGCAUGAGCCUCGGCACCGCCGCGCCACCGGCAACGAGCGACGACGCCGCGACGUUCCAGAAGCUCUUGGCCGACAUGUCCGGCACGAAGGAAAGCAUCAAACAAGCCAAGGAGUGGCUCCUCCAGCGACCUGAUAAAGCUGAGACCUUCGCCAAAGCCCUCCAGAAACAUGUGAUGAACAACCCCGGAUUCCAGAAAUUACUUUUCGCCGUCUAUCUACUAAAUGACAUCUUCUUCGCGGCGCGGACGAAGGACGAUCCGUUUCGGAGGAGCUUCGCUCCUGUACUAUCAGAUAUCAUCCGCGGGGCCUCGAAAAGUGCAAAGGACGAUGCGUCCCGAGAGAAACUAGUCAAAGUGAUCGAGCUCUGGGGCGCGAAGAAGGUUUUUAAUAGUGAGCAGAUUGACGAGCUGAAGGUGGCGGCGAAGAAUGAACCACAACCAGUGGCGACGGUGCAGGACCAGCGCUGCGACCUCUCGACGAUUCCCGUGGGCGUCAUGGCGGGUCUCGUGAAAGUAGCAUUAAAUGGCGGCCACGAGCCCUGGCGGCCGCUGGAUCUGACGACGAUGCCGACGGCGGCGCCGAUGCCCGUCGAGCCCGGGCGGUUGGAAGCUAGGGUCAAGGAGUUUUAUAGGUUGUUGGAAAAGGACAAACUACGACGAGCGGCGCAGCAGAAGCCGCCUUCUUCCCUAAAUGAGGAGGAGGAGGACCCGGAGCACCGUGCCCAACAAGAUGAUAGGAAGCGACGACGCGCCUACGAGCAGCUCGAUUCCGGGUAUAGUACGAGAAGGGUCGACGAGGACGCGACGCGGCGCCAGGGCCUGGACGCGGCCAUCGGUGCGGAUAACAUGGGCCACCAGAUGCUCCAGCAGAUGGGCUGGCGCGAGGGCGGCCUCGGCGCGCGCGGCACGGGCAUCGCGGAGCCCAUCGACGUGCGGCAGCAGCAGUCGAACCAGGGCGUCGGUGCUGGUCAGCAGCAGCAACAACCCGAGGACGAGUUUUCUCAAUAUAGGACGCAGCGGUCGUCGCAGUACCGGAGCCGGUGGGGGACCUAAGCCUAGUU